UCCAUCCUUGCCAUUGCUACUCAACGUGACGCUCUUCGGCAAAACUUUAACACGUGUCGCUCGUGUCAUGCGUCUGCUGAAGAUUGAGAACCACCGUGCAUGAUAGUGAGUGAGUGUGUAAGCAGUGAGAGCAAGAGAGUAGUUCAAUCCGCACUGGAUGUGGGUAGAGUAAAAAAUCCGCAGCAGCAAGCGAAAUUAUUAGACUGUGUUGGGAAAACUAAGGAGAAAAGCCCCACCUUCCCAUACGAGUAGCCAGACACACGGGACAGUUCGCGCAUCACGCAGGGGACACUUUGUCUGUCGGGAAACCGUGAACCGAUUGGUGGUGAAAAUCCGCUUCGAAAUGGUCUACGCGUACGAAAUUCGAUAGCCUAAUCGUUAUUUCUUCCAGUAAGAGUGCGGCGCGAGUUAUCGCUUCCUUGAAUCACGAAGAUUUUCACGUUUGACCCCGCGGGUUCAUCGGUAGCGGGAGUUGUGGUGUGUUGCUUGCAGAUAUCCAUGAGAUGAUGGCUUCCUACUAUUGUUGAUGAAUGGUGCCAGUCAGUAGUUUAAAAAGCCUAAAUAAAACAAACGAAAAGAGAAGAGAGCUUCCAUCCCCCCGGAAGAAGUGAUUAACGAAUGAAAGGCUACUAAAGCAGCAAUGUGGUUGAUGAUGCAAAGCGAAUGCAGAGUUAGGUGCAAACAUAGAGAUAAUUACAAAUAAGAGUGAAAUUGGUACAAAUCACGAAAGCAGCCAGUGCUUGUGGAAGAGUGCAAUAGGAAAGUGAGACAAACUGAAGCAGGAAAAACAAACACCAGCUGUGGGGAAACAAACCAUGAAAAGUCGUCUGCUGACCACGCUCACGUGGUUGGCACUGGUGCAGGUGCUGGUGGUCCUAGUGAAUCAUCACGGUUGCGCAUCAGCAACAGUCAAUCUCACCGAAUCUAAUGGAUCGACUCCGUACGUGGUAUCAGAGCCGGAGAUCCCCUACGAAGAACUGGAAGAACCCCGAGUUCUUCCUCUCCAGGCGGCUUUGCCCGUCAGUGUAAAGGAGCCUACUCCAGUUCCUUCUAUCGUAACGGAUGCUGACAGUCGGAGUAAGCGAAAGUUUCAAGCUCUGGGGAAUCAAGCCCCCGACCAAGCUCACUCUGAUAUUAACACCGUGUUGAAAGUGAUCUUGGAAGAACCCGAGAUAAACGAUGAACCUUUUACUACAACGCAUGGUUAUCCCACAUUUUCGGCAGAUGAUAAUUUCGUUCCCAGCAAACCGUUGAAUCUGAGUGUUCUAGAGGUGACUUCGACGACCAUCAAGAUUACCUGGCGAGAACCGGAGAAACUGAAUGGGGCCAUACAUGGCUACCGUGUGUACUAUGUACACCAGAACCAGACGUUGCUGCACCUGCCGAUCCUGAAGGCCGAUGCUGCUGUUAAUUCCGUCUACACGUAUACGCUGUCGAAUCUCAAGCCCUACACCGAUUACAAAAUCAUCGUCGCUGCGUUCACAAAGAAAUUCGAUGGCGAACCAUCGGAAGUAUCCCAGCGGACGGACAUCAGCGGUCCCAGCGCACCGAAGGUGGUCAAUCUUACCUGCCAUUCUCAACACGAGCUUCUAUUUGGUUGGCACAUUCCGCAAACCUACUACAACACAAUAGACUACUACAUUAUAAGCUACCGUAACCUAGAGCACAGUGAAUACAAAGACAUUCGGUUGAGUGCAAACGCCUCGAUCGUAGAAACAUCGAUGAUCAUUCCAAAUCUAACGACCAAUUCAGUAUACGAGGUGAAAGUGAGAGCUGCUUCAGCUAGCGUCAUUAACCCAAAGCAAAUCAUUCUCGGAUCCUACUCGGAACCUAAAAAAAUAUCACUUCAACUUCACUGUGAAAAAAUUCCGCAACCAUCGCAGCGCCAGGUAUAUGAUGAUUACAACCUUGCUGUCUUAGCCGGAAUUGUGUUUAGCUGCUUUGGAUUGUUGCUGAUCGUGCUGUCGUUCCUGCUGUGGAAGAAAUGUUUCCACGCCGCGUACUACUACCUGGAUGAUCCUCCGGCUUGCCAAGGAGGCAACACGGCCGGUGUAAUCGACUGGGAAGCUCCCUGUGAAGUGGCCGGCGAAGUUCGUGGCCCCAUUCCCGUCUCGGAGUUUGCCAAACAUGUCGCCUCGUUGCACGUGGAUGGUGACAUCGGUUUCAGCAAAGAGUACGAAGCCAUUCAGGGGGAAGCACUGAAUGACGAAUACCCGUCGGAACAUUCGCAGCAUCCGGACAACAAGGGAAAGAAUCGUUACUUGAACGUGAUUGCUUAUGAUCACAGUAGAGUGCACCUGCGGCAGGUUCCUGGGCAGAAGAAGCAUCUGGAUUACAUCAAUGCUAACUACAUUGAUGGAUAUCAGAGACCUCGUUCGUUUAUAGGUACCCAGGGCCCUCUUCCCGGUACCUUCGAUUGCUUCUGGCGGAUGAUUUGGGAACAACGAGUGGCCAUUAUCGUUAUGAUUACGAAUCUAGUCGAACGUGGACGCCGCAAGUGCGAUAUGUACUGGCCCAAGGACGGAGCGGAAAUGUACGGCGUGAUUCAGGUACGCCUAAUCCGAGAGGAUGUCAUGGCCACGUACACGGUUCGGACGCUCCAGAUUAAGCACACAAAGCUGAAGAAGAAAAAGGCUUCCCAGUCGGAGAAACUUGUCUACCAAUAUCACUACACCAACUGGCCGGACCACGGCACGCCGGAUCAUCCUUUACCUGUGAUCAACUUUGUGAAGAAAUCCACUGCAGCCAAUCCGGCAGACGCUGGUCCAAUCGUAGUGCACUGCAGUGCCGGGGUUGGUCGCACCGGAACGUAUAUUGUGCUGGACGCCAUGUUGAAACAGAUCGAAGCCAAGGGUAUGCUGAACGUUUUUGGCUUCCUGAGGUACAUCCGGGCGCAGCGAAACUAUCUGGUACAAACGGAGGAGCAGUACAUCUUCAUACACGAUGCCCUCGUUGAAGCUAUUGAUAGUGGGGAAACCAACAUUAAAAUGGAUGCCAUCGGUGGGCUUGUUAACAAUAUUGACUUUAUAGAUAGUCAGUAUAAGCUCAUCACCAGUUACCAGCCGAAGGAGAUCAACCUGACGUCGGCCCUGAAAGCAGUGAAUGCCAUCAAAAACCGAAGUUCGCUCGUUCCCCUGGAGGGCAGCCGGGUACAUUUGACUCCGAAGCCGGGUGUAGAAGGUAGCGAUUACAUUAAUGCCACCUGGCUGCACGGAUUCCGGCGGUUACGGGACUUUAUCGUAACGCAACACCCGCUGAUCGAAACCUUCAAAGACUUCUGGCAAAUGGUUUGGGAUCACAACGCUCAGACCGUGGUGCUACUCUCGUCUGCUGAUAAUAUGUCUUUUCUCCAAUUCUGGCCAAACGAUUCGGAACCGAUGGAGAGCGAUUACUACCGCAUUCGCAUGGUUUCGGAAACGUCGGAGAAUAACUACAUUGUGCGGAACUUUGUCAUCCAGUCCAUCCAGGACGAUUACGAGCUGAGCGUUCGUAUGUUUGAGAAUCCUAUGUGGCCCGACAUGGCGAACCCUCGGUCCAUCUACGACUUUGCCGUGCGGGUGCACGAGAGGUGCGCACAGUACCGGAACGGUCCGAUCGUCGUGGUUGAUCGGUACGGUGGCUUCCAGGCGUGCCAGUUCUGCUGUAUCAGUUCACUCGCGAUGCAGCUGGAGUACGACCAGACGGCGAAUGUCUACACCUACGCCAAACUUUACCACAACAAACGCCCAGGCAUCUGGAGUUCAUACGAAGACAUCCGACAGAUCUAUCGGAUACUAUCGUACAUGCCGAAAGAGCUGGGUCUGCUCAAGUGUACCGAGCUGCGAACGGAGUUUGAUGAUGCUGCCAUCAUAACGGCAACGCCCGAUUUGUACAGUAAGAUUUGUAGCAACGGUAGCAUCAAUACACAUCUGAACAGCGGUGGAGGCGGUGGUGUAGCUGGUGGAGCUAAUGGAGAUGGCAACGAAAGCGCACCGACGGGCAACGGAACUAACGGUGGUUUACCCAUGGGUGGCGGAACGACAACUAUCGCAACUAGUGUUCAGAACGGAGGUACGGUAAUUGUUAAAAUGAACAGCGAGGAUAACGACGAGCUGUCGGUAGUGGUAGCCACCAGUAAUCAUCUGAACCUGGAUCACAAUCAGUCGUAGACUGGCUGGUAAUGUAGUAUUCUGAAAAUGUCAAAUUCCUCUGAGUUAACCAGCAUGUACGUAUAGUCACGGAUCUAAUUAUAGUUUUCUCAAUACUGUUUGGCAAACUAGCAUUUUAACGCAAAUCUAUGAUAAGAUUUACAAGUCUCGUUGUAGGUGAAAUUGGAUGAUUCGUUAUUUAUUGAUUAGUAGGACAUUUCGGGUAAUAAGAAAAACUUUGGAAUACUUUCUCAGCAUUUUUUUUUUUUAUAAUUUUGUUUUGCACUAUUUUCUAAAAACAACUUCAUCAUAAGUUUUACUACAUAUUAAUAAUUUGGUGACAAAUACUACCAAGAAUCUAGUCGAAAAGUGCAUGUCACACACCAAUUUUGGUUUAAUAGAUUUUCCUUAAAAGUUCACAAUUGAGACAUUUUUUAAGUAGAAAUCAUUCAUACUACCCGAAAUUUAGAGUAACAUCCAAAAAGUUUGCCUUCAAAUUCGGUUUAUUCCUACUGUCAGAACUAAAAGUACAAUUUCCGUUUAUGUAAAUAGAGAACAAAAAUCGCAUGUGAUUCCAGUGAUGUUAGCUAUUGGUUCAGUGUAUAGGCUAGAUCUCGCUUCCAUAAGCAUUUUCGUCAUUCUGGAGAAUGCAAAAUUGUGUAAAAAUAAAAACAAAGUAUUUUCCAACCAAUUCCGUGACCGACCCGAAAUAGAUUAUUGAAACCAAGUUAGUUCACUAAUAUUAUAAUACAAAAUCGAAGCUGAUAAACCGCGUAUUCUGCUACAUGCAACACACAACUCCGUUGAAAAAGUAUUGUGCAAGAGAGAAUUUGAUUGCGCGUGCCGCACGUUUGGAUGAGCCGUGAUCGAACAGACCAGUUUCUUCUGGCUUUCGGUCGACAAAAAGACUGGUUUUCUGAUUUCUUAUCGUAACUUUAAAAUAUUAUGAUACGCAGAACAAUUAUCUGGCAGCGAUGACUAAACAGCAUCUAACCAGAAUAUUGAAAAAGAAAUAUGCAAAUGUUGUAGAAAAAUAUACCGUCAACUGAUCUUUAACACACUCAUGCAGAAUAUUCAUAGCCAUCAAACAAAAUAGACAAACAACACACUUUACCAGUAUCAGUGCCAAACGUUCAUCUUCAUUCAGACCGUCCUAAUGCAAUAGUAUCCUGUUGCAGAUUAGUAGAGCGAAUAAUGUUUACUUAUGUGAUCCAAAGUGUACGGAAUGUUACCUAUUUGUGUGGGGAACCACUUAACAGAAUGUUUUCGUUGUUAUGAUAAAGUUAACCCGGGAGCGGUCGCGUCGUGUACUGAGUACACGCACCAUGAAAAAUGCAUGCUUGUGGCACACAGCGUGAGCGCAGCGUCGCUGCAGGUAGUCAAAGACGCGACUGCUCGAGGGUUAAAUCUAUGAUAAAACUGUGCCCGAAUUUCUUCGCGAAUAACAAUGUACGGUAUCAAUGGCCGCCUUUACUCUUCAACCAUAGCUACAGCCUUCAUCGCCACUGUCGAGUAUAAUCUGGGUGAGCUUCCCCUAACCAGAGAACACAAUGGAUCACAGAUGACACCUAGAGGAAGACAGCGAAGCGGAGGAACACCAAAGCUGCGAUUGAGUGAGCAAAAACACGAGGAGACAAAACGACGUUCCUCCACGAUAUAUCAAGUCAUCGUAGUGGGGCUCUGAUGAAUGCUAAGAUGCCCAUGAAAGACACUGCUCGAUAGUUAUUAAUCGCCCUAGCAAACCAGUUGAAACGCUGGAAAUUUUAGCGCGAUCUGCCAAGUGUUUGAAGCGUCAACACCGAAGAUCCAUCAUUGUGGGAGAUAGAAAUAGUCAACGAUAACAUGAAGUUAAAAAAACAGUGUUAAAAUGGGUACAGCGCUCUGACUUCUGCAGUAGGGUAUUAUUGGGUCGAUUUAACCGAUAAAAUUAUUCACCUAACUUCUGAUAACUUUUACUAAUAAUUGAUAGAUACUUCUAUUCUUCUAAAUCCAUCAGCACAAAAUGCAGUUGAACAAAUACAUUUUGGUUUAUUCUUAAACAUUGUCACAAUAACAUACAAAAAUACAUAACAAAAUGAUCCCAUUUCAUCGGUUCAAUAACCAACAAUUGAUCUACUGAUGUCUAAUUUGUUUAUCAAAUGUUACUGACUUCAUGUAAACUCUUAACACAAAAAAUCGCAAAGCCAUACUCGGUCAUACUCAGAUAACGUUAUAGGAAAAAAAUAGAAACAUUUAUCGAAAUCGAUUAAAAACGCACAUAGCCUGAACACAUACCAAAAAAAAUAAAGGCUUAAUUGGGAAGUCUGGUGGUACUGAUCUAAGAUACAAAUCUUGAAAGCGAAACGAAAUAUGGAAAGUGUUGUUGACUCAAAGAAAGAAAGAAAAAACAUAAAACUUACAAAACACUAGAAACAAGCGGAAAUGUUUGCUGCCACGGGAGCACGUACUAGCUGAUUUCGUCGUAGUCUUCGAGUAGAAACUAACCACGAUAAACGACGAUAAAAAAAAAAAACGAGAAGCGUGAACAAAACAAAGUCUAGUUAAAAUAUAUCCACUAUUAGUAGAAAGUAAAACAAAAUAUUUGAAAAACAAAAAACGGAUCUAACGUAAAGAGAUUUUAUAAAUCUUAUGAGAUAUUCUCAUUUUUAUAUUGAUUACAAUACUUUCUAUUGGUUAAGAAGCAACGAUAAGUUUUGGCCCAUUUCGUUUCCGCAAUCGUAUGAAUGGAAUGGCGCAUUCCUCCGGGAGUGGCAAUGAACUAGCAGCAUUGGACGCGGUUUGUUGACUGAGGCAAGCAAAAAAGAGGACAAGUUGAUGCAUUAAAUAUUCGCGAAACUGCAACUGAAUGAUAAACCUAUUACAGUCUCUUUGCAACUAGCGAUAUAGAAACGAAAGAACUAAUUUUUAGCAGUCAUAUAAGCAAGUAGUGAACGGUAAAAUGAUUUAUUAGCAUAUAUGUUAAGAAAUAUCGAAACAAAUGGAAGUAAUAGAAUCAGACGAGUGGAAGAAUAGAUGCAGGCAUAUAUAAUGCUGUUUGAAUCAUGAUGAAACAUGAAAUAAAAUGGUGGCAUCUUACUGAAACAAGAAAUAAAUGUAAAAUUUUAUGUGAAUUUGCGACAACAGA